CCACUACACUCCUGGCGUGUUAGCUUGUUACCAGGCAGACGGCAUUUUCAACAUGGCAGCGUCGAGCAACGCAGAGGAAACGCAGUUGCAAGAUAUGGAGGAGGAAGACGCAGGGAUGGCGGAGAAGAAGAUGGAAUCGGACGAAGAGGAGGAGGGCAUGGGGAUAGACAAUUCAGACGACGAAGAGGACGAUUCGUCGGAAGAUGAGAAAGAAAAUGAAGCCGAAAUCCAGCGGUUGGAGGAGCAGCUGUCAAUCAAUGCUUUCGACUACAACUGCCAUGUGGAUCUCAUCAAACUACUGAAGCAUGAGGGAGAGCUUUUCCGUCUGCGAAAGGCAAGGCAGAAGAUGAGUGAACUGUUCCCACUCACUGAAGAGAUCUGGCUAGACUGGCUCAAGGAUGAGAUCCGUCUGACUGAGGAGGAGCCAAAUCGGGAGAAAGUAUAUGAGCUUUUUGAGAGAGCUGUAAAAGACUACAUCUGUCCAGAUAUCUGGCUUGAAUAUGCUCAGUAUUCAAUUGGUGGCAUGGGCUCACCAGGUGGGAUAGACAGGGUGAGAUCCAUCUUUGAGAGAGCUGUGACAGCUGUGGGGCUUCACAUGACCAAGGGACAGACGGUGUGGGAGGCGUACAGAGAGUUUGAGAACGCCAUUCUGUCCACAGUACAGCCCCCCCCCGGCAGGAUUCCCAGCCGCGAGGAGCAGGAGCUGCUCAACGCUCAGCUUGAGCGAAUCCAUACGCUGUUUCGUCGCCAGCUGGCCGUCCCCUUAAUGGACAUGGAAGCCACCUAUGCCGAGUAUGAGGAGUGGUCUGAACACGGGGUGCCUGAGAUGGUCAUACAUCAGUACAAAAAGGCUUUGCAGCAGAUGGAGAAACGCAGGUCUUUUGAAGAGUCACUGCUGGUAGCAGAACCCCCUAAGCUGGCAGAGUAUCAGGCCUACAUCGACUUUGAACUAAAGGAGGGUGACCCAGCACGGAUUCAGAUAACCUUUGAGCGGACUCUGGCAGAGAACUGCCUGGUACCAGACAUGUGGGCAAAAUGCACCACCUAUCUUGAUCGUCAGCUGAAGGUGAAAGACUUGGUUCUUUCCACUCAUGAACGUGCUGUCAGGAACUGCCCCUGGACCAUGGGUCUGUGGAAGAGCUACCUGCAAGCUCUGGAGAGGAAUGGAGCUGACCAUCAGACUGUCUCCGAUGUUUUUGAAAAGGCGCUAAAUGCAGGUUUCAUUCAAGCGACAGACUAUGUGGAAAUUUGGCAGGCGUACCUCGACUACCUGAGGAGACGUGUCGAUUUUAGCAAAGAAUCAAGUAAAGAGUUAGAGGAGUUACGAGGAGCUUUCUCUCGCUCUCUAGAAUACAUGAAACAAGAUGUUGAAGAAAGGUUUGGUGAAAGUGGAGAUCCAUCCUGUAUCAUAAUGCAGAUCUGGGCAAGGAUAGAGGCCCUCCACUGCAAGAACAUACAAAAAGCCAGAGAACUGUGGGACAGUAUCAUGACAAAAGGGAAUGCCAAAUAUGCCAACAUGUGGCUGGAGUACUAUAACCUUGAAAGGUCUUAUGGAGACCCUGUUCACUGCCGGAAAGCUCUCCACAGAGCAGUUCAGUGCACCUCAGACUACCCUGAGCAUGUGAGUGAAGUCCUGCUCACCUUUGAGAGGGUGGAAGGUUCGCUGGAGGACUGGGACGUGGCGGUGCAGAAGACAGAGACCCGGCUGAACAGGAUUAAUGAGCAACGAGCUAAGGAGGCUGAGAAAGAAGCCAACAUGGCCCGCCAAGACGAGGACAGAACUGAUCAGCGGCGGAAAACCAAGACAGACAAGAAGGCUUCGAAGAAGGCUUUCCAGAAGGGAACUCGAGCUGGGGAGAAGAGGAAAGGAGACCACAAUGAUAAUCAGGAUGAGUGGACUGAUUUUGCAGCUAAAAGGCAUAGAGGAAAUGGGAACCAAACCACAGAAGAGUCCAUGGAGACCGAGACAGGACUCUUUGGGAGGAAUGCUCCACCUGGCAGUAAAAAAGCCCAGCAAGGAGUCGCGGCCGCUGCCCAGAAACAGAACGAUGACAGGCCAGAGCUUCGCAACGAUAACUGCAGCGUUUUCAUCAGCAAUCUGGCAUACACCCUGGAGGAGCCAGAGGCAAAGCUGAGGACACUGUUUGAGACCUGUGGUCCCAUCACACAGGUUCGCCCUGUCUUCAGCAACAAAGGGAGCUUCAAAGGCUACGGCUAUGUACAGUUUGAAUCCCCAGUGUCUGUCCCUGAAGCCCUGAAGCUGGACAGGCGGGAGGUGGAGGGCCGGCCCAUGUUUGUGUCACCAUGUGUAGACAAAAACAAAAAUCCUGACUUUAAGGUGUUUAAAUACAACACAUCCAUGGAGAAAGAAAAAAUCUUCAUCUCUGGGCUGCCGUUCUCCUGCACUAAAGAGCAACUGGAGGAAAUGUGCAAAGGUCACGGCACAAUCAAAGACGUCCGUCUGGUCACGUAUCGCUCAGGAAAACCUAAGGGUCUGGCGUAUGUUGAGUUUGCAGAUGAAGCCCAGGCUUCUCAGGCAGUUCUGAAAAUGGACGGCAUGGACGUAAUGGGCAACAAAAUCUCUGUUUCUAUAAGUAACCCUCCUCGCAGAAACAUGAUGGAUAAACCUGGUUCCAACAGGCCCUCGACAGACGCGAUCCCUCGCCAGGUCCAUGGCUCGAGAGGAAGGGGGCGCACCCAGCUCUCAUUACUCCCUCGUUCCCUGCACCGACAAAGUGGACCACCAAGCAAAGUGGAGAACGGGACUGCUCCUGAGCAGGUGAAUGCAGCUGGAGAGACUAAACCUUUGUCAAAUUCAGACUUUGCCAGGAUGCUUCUCAGCAAGUGAGGAGAUGAACGAGAGAGCAUUACAACCACCUUCACACUGAAAGCCAUCUUGUGUCUUUAUAAAGUAGUGUUGGUGAUUUUUCUGUAAUUGGUUACCUGGCUUCCCUUUAAUCUCAGUCUUGUUCUCAUCAUGCGGUCUGUGAGAUUGCCUUAAUCGCUGAGCUCCUUCCCUCCAUCAGUAACCCCUUUUCAACCAAGACUUUUCAAAAGUGUGACAGAUUGUUUCUGUUUUGGUUUGUUGGGAGGUGGCUGGCAGGCUAUUUUAUACAAAAAGUGUAUCAUAUUUGUGUGUAAAUAUACUGUAUCUAAAAAUUGUUCCCUUCAUGUUGCAAAGUUUCUUCUUUUGUCGUAUAAUGUGAAAGGGACCUGAGAGAAACAGACGGGAGAGUAUUUUUUUAAAUAUUCAAAACAGCGAAACUUGUUAAUGUUGUUUUAAAAAGGCUAUAUGCAAAAGUUCAGAUGUGGUGUAAUAUAGCUGGUGUGUAUGUGUGUGUGCGUGCAUGUAAGGUGGAUGUGUUUAGUUAUGAAAAGACAUUCUCCAGAUGUUUUAGGAAACGUAGGAUUUUUGUUGUUUUUCUAAUUGUAGCUAACAGCGAAUUGAUUGUUUUUACAUAUCACCUUUCAGUUACCAUCUCAUAUUAAUCACCAUUAUAGUGAUGCUUUGGAGUACACAGCAAAUUAUUAUUAGUUCAUUGGUUUUAUCUUGCCAUGAGGGCAUGUUAUCAGUACAAAAACUGCCCUAAUGUCAUGUCACACUGCUGACGCUUGAUAUCAGUUAUAGUAUUUACAGAAAUAAGUAUAAGGUCUCAAGAUUUCUGUUUUCAUACAUCACUUUCAUCACUGGUCAUGUGACCCGUCUGUCCAGAUUAAAAACAUCCAUCAGAUCACAUAUUUAUUUAGCUAAGAGUCUGAAAUGAUGUGCUGUUGACCGAAAGAUUCAUAUCCCCUUCAUCUUGUGGAAUUCAUAUAAUGCACAUGUACCAUGGUGUUGAUGCUGAAGAAAUGUUUUUAAUUUCAUUAACUUCACAUGAAAACUAAUUUACCUGACUGUCCAGAGCUGCAUCUAUUUUGAUUUCCUUUUUUUUUUUUUUUUACCUUAUGGCAACCAUUUGAUGACAUUGUCUUUGGCUCUAGGACAGUGCAAAGGGCCUUUUUCAGUUUUGUAGAUUGAACAAUUAAUUGAUAAUGAAAAUAAUCGUUCCCAUGCAGUAGUCCGUUGAUGCAAGAGAAGACAUUCGUUUAAGGCAUUAAAAAGAGUUGGAAUACGACCAUUCAUGCUAGGAAGUACAUGUGUACACUCAGACUUUACAAACUGAAACCUAAGUAGUUUUAGACGUGGUUUGGUCCUGGUUUUCUUUGUGUGUUCGGUAGAGUUGAAUUCAUCUUCUGAAUUGACCUGUUAGCUGACGGCUCUUCAGUAUUCUGGUAAAGAGGCGAACUCUGUCAGCUACACAUUAUUUAGGUCUGCAGCUCCUUCGAUAUAAGAGAAGAGAAUCUAUGCAGUUUUCCAUUUCAGUUUUGUCCCAUUUUAGGAGUCGACCUUGUUUCCACUUGGAUGUUAACAAUUCUGUACAUAAUGUUCAGUAUAAUAUUUCAAACAGGUCACCAUAGUUUGUAAUAAAUAUAAAUCAGUUUUCAAAGAAGAUGGAAUACAAGCUAUAUGAAUUGCUCUCACCACAGUGGCCUAAUCUAAAAAAUAAAAAACUGUCGGUCUCCAGAAA